AUGAUUGCAAAGCUGAGUCCGACGCCGCUGUCGUUGGCCAACGACGUCAAACCGACUCCCGUGCGCCCGAGUGCGAUUGCUCGCCCGCGCCUCGAAAUUGCAGUGCCCAAGGAGAAGGCGACGACGACGUCGCCGCUCCAGAUGACCCGCCGCAAUGGUAUCCCGCCGCCUCCGCUGUCCACUUGCGGUGUGGCCAGCGUAGACCGCAAGGCCAUGACCACACGCCGCAACUCAGCAGCCAUUCCAUCGGCGCCCCGGAGCUCGAACGGAUCCAACGCCAGCAGUUGCUCGACGUCAUCGAAAGCCUCGGUGACGCCGCUCAAACGCACGGUCUCGGCGCCCCGCCUCACGAGCCGCAGCAGCACGGCGUCGCAGUGCGCGAGUGUGACGACGACGCGUGGUCCGUCGGCGACGCCCAAGAAGAUCUCGGCUGCCCCAACCCCCCGCAAGCCGCUCACGACGCCUGUCACGCCGCGCAGCACGGACCAGCGCCACGAGCUCGUGGCCAAGCGCCGCGAAGAGAAGGAGCAACGCGAAGCCCAGGCGCGCAAAGAGGCGUUGAGACAGCGCGAAGAGCGCCGACUUCUCCUGGAAGCCAAGAUGCAAGCUGAAAAGGACGCGCGGGCCGAGCUCGUCCGGAAGCGUCUCCUCGAGCGCGACGACCACCUUCUCAAGCGUCACGUGUAGACCGUACCC